CAUUGCACACCGAGAACGCCGGGGCCAUGGGGAAAGUGAAACCAGAUUCCCCGUAAAAAGACCAGCAGAAAGCAGUUACCUCAUACUGACAUGCCGGAGCCAUCAACGACGACACAAGUACACUGUGUUUUUACAGCCAGCAGCCAUGCAGACGGACAGAGUGUAUGUUAACUGGAGAGGAGUUGAUCAUACAAGACAAACCUUGAGCCUGAACCGCCUCUACAGCAGAGAUUCCUGGGAUCGAGAUGACCCAGUGCUGAUACACACGUUUUCUCAACAUACCUGCCAUACGAGGCCCCGUUCCAUUGGAAACCUCAUUAACCAGCCACCGUGUCUUCCGAUGCCUUGUGAGAUUAACAGUUACUACAACUUUGACCAACAAGAGCCCAUUUACAGCACCGUGAAUAACACGGCGAAGAAACGAGCCAUAUGCUUCGAAAACAGCUUGUUCGAUGAGACUGCCUACAAUUUGAUAGACGAUAGAAAAUAUACAGUUGAUGUUAUCAACAUGAGUGCUGAUGGUACGCCAUGUUUGCUACCAGAGAUGCAGAGGCCACUACAUCUUACUGGAGGAGAGCCAUCUCCAGUAACGUUCCGAAAUCGACCACGCCCUUGUCUGUCAACGAUUCAGCCAGAGAACAUAUAUGAACCUGUUGGGAAUCGCAGAGCAGUCACCGCCCAGCAGCCUGUCCAUGGUCAGUACAUCAGCUUUGAGAGAGCUCUAUCGAUGGACGAAACACCCCCAAUUCCUCCAAGGGAUAAAAUCAAUCUUGACCAGCGUGACAGCUUCCUUUGCAACAUGGCCCGAAAUGAGAGGGUUGAACAUACCAAGUCAUAUGACAAAAAGAUAUGCCUGCCAAGGCAAAUGCAGUCCGAGAGUAUGGCCGGAAAGUUAUCUUGCCAAACAAAACAGAGGGCAACCCUAAAUCCAUGUCAAGAAAGAAUGAACAGCUGCUGCCGAAACUGCAAAUCGAUGGGUUUGACAGAACAGCCAUUAUCACUUUCAGAAACAUAUAUCGAUAUGAAGAAAGCACACAGGGAGACUGGGGCUGGGUUAUCACAAAACAUGGAAUGGGACUAUUAUGACAUCGGCAAGGUCUCGUCGGAACAGUCGACUGCCAUGACACAAACAUCAGAGUUUGAACACAGACAGCCGAAAAUUUUGUCUCGCACCAGCAGUAUUGACACACUUUCAUCGGUGGCCACUUCCAUUCAGACACCAGCUUGGUUUGAUGAUCUAAUAACAACCUCCUUCGCCAACUAUGCUUUGGGAAACCAGCGCCACAGCCGCAGUAUGGGCACAUUGCCAGAGUCGAUAGGUAGCAUGGACUUCACUAACAACAUCAAAAGAGAUCAACGAGUCUUCGCAAAGACACAUAUGUACCAAUUAGUCAAAUCUCAGUUCAGACGAGAUGGUCAUAUCGUCAUCACUGGUAGGCCAGGGACAGGGAAGACAGCGAUGGCAUAUCAGAUUCUCCGAGAUAUUGUUGCUGAAGGGGCAACUCCAAUUGUAGUUGACUCCCCUGGAGACUUCCCAGAUCGUAAACCUAGUGGAAAUGUGAUCAUCCUGAUUGACGACAUGUUUGGCUCAUACAAAUAUGAAGAGCAUGAUAUUGACCUGUGGAACAAGAUCUUGAAAAAGCUGGAAGGAAUCUUGGAUGAGCAAACUAGAAAGCAGAACCGGCAUCUGUCAUUCUUCUUUAUUUGUACCUCAAGGACAUAUGUUUUGAGAGAAGCACUGCCCUUUCUUGGAAAAUAUAACAGCACAAUUUUCAGCAGUCAGUAUAUCGUUGACCUGGGGAAAGAGGACGGCUAUACAAAUGUGGAGAGGAUGAACAUACUUGACAACCACACCCAGGAAGGAACGCUGCGGGGGAAUACAAUUGAUCGUGCAGAGAAAGAAGACAUUAUUCACUGCAGUACGUAUGCAUUCCCACAAACCUGUCAACUCUAUUCAGCAAGUCAACAACUACCUGGAAAAUCAUUGCUCUUCUUCCAAUGGCCAGUCAAGUACCUGGUGGACAUUCUCGAGCCCCUCUACCUGAGCGACAAAAAGAAAUUUGCUGCUUUGCUCUUGAUUGCAAUCUAUAGGAACAAACUGAAUAUCACACCACUUUCAAAUGACAAGAAUGUUGACGAUGAUUUCAAGGAAAGUCUUCGACUUGCUGAGAAGUACACAGAUGUCAAGGAUAAAAAACUAUCCCCAUCAGAAAUCUAUCAAGAUCUCAAGAUAAUGACUGGAAGUUUCGUCUCAUUAAAUGGGGAUUCAGUUUCCUUCCUUCAUCCAGUCAUAUACGAUGCUGUAGUUUACAUUGUCGGUGAGAGAAGUUCUGAAUUUGUCCUGAAACACAGCACCAUGAGAUUCAUCUAUGACAGAGUCCGACUGAUCCCAUCAACUGAAUCUGGAAUAGUCUCUCGGCCAACAGAAGGGGACAGGUCACAGUUUUUGCUCCAUUUGGCACCAGCUCACUUCCAAUCAUUGGCAAAACGUUUCGGGCAAGAAAUUUCAGCUGGACAUUUUGCUCUCGUUUGUGCGCAUGAAGCAUGUGUACUUCCUGAGUUUGUGGAGAUCUUGUUUGACUACCUGAAGCGUAAAGGGCGAGUGGCACGAUCAGCUUCGAAACUGUCUAAGAGGUUGGGAGCCCGAUCUACAAUCCACAAUUCAGACGUCAUGUAUGGUGGCAAGUUCCUAUACUGGACGGUUUGGAACAAAUCCAUGGAACUUUGUAAGAUCUUUCUCGAGAAAUUGCUCUUUACAAAGAGAGAAAAAUGUCAAGCUGUCAUAGGAUGUUCCCUAUCUGGAAAUGUCCAGGCAAUGUCACUCCUGUUGGAUUCACUUGGAUCAGAACAUGUAACAUAUGAACUAGAUCCCACCAUGCCUUACCUGAUGAUGGAUCAGCCAGAACGUGCACAGAAACUUGUCCUACAGAUAGUAAUCCUCGGUUCAACGCCACUACACAUUGCAUCAGAGAGAGGUCGACUUGGAAUCGUGAAGCUUCUGCUAUCAAGAGAUUUUGACAUCAACGAAAAGGGGCCGAGGGUAGCAGCAACUCCUCUCCACUACGCAUGCCAAGGAGGCCACAUGGACGUUGUCUGCUACCUACUGCAGAAUGGUGCGGAAAUCAACAGUCCUGACUGGGUGUUGAGGACCCCUCUGCACUGGGCUGCGUCUUGUGGAGAAUCAGACAUUGUUAAGAUCUUAACGUUCAACAGUGCUCACCUUGAUGUGAAGGAUGAUGAAGGGUUGACCCCCCUUCACUGUGCAGCAUGGGGUGGACAUUUGCAGACUUGCAUUACUCUCCUGAAUGGCGGGGCUUCCCCUAAAGUUCGGACUCGGUACAACAAGACUCCCCUAGAAAUCAGCAUUGAUGAAAGCUUCAGAAGAAAGUUUCAAGACACAAUCGUUUUCGACUUUGAUUGCUAUGUGGACAAUUCCGGCCAAGCUGCAUUCAGGGUCGGACUCCGAGGACCGUUAAUUCUGUCAGUGGCAGCAUCUGCAAUAAUGAUCAAGAGACCAAGGAACCACGAAAUACUAUUCGAGUGGACAUUCAGAUCAAUCAGGCGUUUUGGUCACACUGAAAUAUCUUUCAAGUUUGAGGCUGGCAGAAACUGUGAGACCGGAGAAGGGGUGUUCAUCCUGCUGACGGUCGAUGGCGAUGACAUCAUGGAGUGCAUCAGGAUGCGACUGAAGUCACAAGAAGAAUCCGCUGACCCUGGGCUACUGGUACACAGGAGGGCGCCACCUAUGUACUAAGGACGAUGUCAGACGUGUGUAUUUCAUGUCCUUGGUUUCUUUGAAGAUAAACCAACCAACAGUUCCAAGAACAAGCCACAUCCAAUUUGUUUCAAAGGUGUCAAAUGAUUGGUUGGUUGGUUCGUUGUUUAACGCCGCACUCAGCAAUAUCCCAGCUAUAUGACGGCGGUCUGUAAAAUAAUCGACUUUGGACCAGACAAUCCAGUGAUUGAUAUUAUGAGCAUCGAU